AGCUAGAAUCCCGAGAUCUUGUGCCUUGAGUUCAAGACUCUAAUUACAAUGACGACCCAUAACACGACCCAUAACACAACUUUACAGUCAAUCGAAAAUAUUAAUAUAAUGAAAGAAACACUGUCAACCAAAGAAGAGAAAAAUUUAAACUUUUCCACUACCGAUACCAGAUAUGAUGAGCAACAAUAUCUUGAUGCCAUCAAAGAGAUUAUGGAGCGAGGUAACCUUAGAAGUAACCGAACAGGCAUUGACACCAAGUCCAUAUUUGGCAUGCAGAUGAAAUACUGUAUUCGAAAUUCUUUCCCACUGUUAACGACAAAAAGAGUGUUUUGGCGAGGUAUUCUUGAAGAGUUACUGUGGUUCAUUAGAGGGUCAACCAAUGGCCAUGAACUUGCCCAAAAAGAUGUUCACAUCUGGGAUGCAAACGGGUCUAGGGAAUUUUUAGAUGGCCGUGGGCUGCAUGACAGAGAGGAAGGUGACCUUGGUCCAAUUUAUGGUUUCCAGUGGCGACACUUUGGUGCAGAAUAUUCUAACAUGCAUGCUUCCUAUGAUGGUCAAGGAGUCGAUCAAUUAAAAAGUGUAAUUGAAAAAAUAAAAAAUUCCCCCAAUGAGAGAACCAUUAUAAUAUGUGCUUGGAAUGCUAAAGAUCUUCCCAAAAUGGCUCUACCGCCAUGCCAUUGUCUUGUACAGUUUUAUGUUGCCAAUGGAGAACUUUCUUGUCAGCUGUAUCAAAGAUCUGGAGAUAUGGGUCUAGGUGUUCCUUUCAACAUUGCUAGUUAUGCUCUAUUAACGUACAUGAUAGCUCAUAUCACAGGACUUAAGACUGGCGAUUUUGUUCACACCCUGGGGGAUGCCCAUGUUUAUGUCAAUCACGAGGAACCAUUGAAAGUUCAGUUGUCACGGAAGCCAAGACCAUUUCCCAAGUUAGUCAUUAAACGCACUGUCACAGAAAUUGAAGACUUUAAAGCAGAUGAUUUUGAAAUAGUGGACUAUAAUCCUCAUCCAAGAAUAAAAAUGGAAAUGGCGGUCUAGAGUUUGGUUAUAUUAACUAUUUGGUUAUACUAACAAACUUUAUGAUAAGCAGCUCAGUCAAACACAUUUCUAUAAAUAAUUAAAGUAUAAUUGGUGGUGGUUUAAGAAUAACUAUUCCAGAUUUCUAGAAAAAAUUUACUUAUUGUAUUCAGUAUUUUGCAUACAUCAUGGAUAUCAGCAUAAAAUUAAUUAAACUAAUGGAACUGCCUCCAUUUAGCUAUGUGGGUAGAAGUUUUGAUAGUGUCUUGUCUUGGUCAUGAUAUGGCCAGCAGGCUGUGGAUUGAACAUUAAUGAUAUGUAUACAUUGUUUGUGGAAUUAAUCUUUUAUGUAACUUAAUUUAGAAACAUUUUAGUGUUGUAUGCUUUCAGCAUGUUGGAUGUAAAAUUUUGCAAAAAUUAUCAAAUUUGUUCUUUGUAAGUAAAUAACAUUUUGUGUUAGUAUUACAAAAUUUAUAAGCUUGUUUUUUUUGUAUAAUAAAUAUAAAAAUGUACUGUAAUUUAUUACAGAACCCUAUUCAGGAGUUGAUGAGAUAAAACUUAGGUCAACCCUGUAAAUUAGUGUUUAAAUAAUUUGUUGUACGUGCCUACUUUCAGUUUAUCUGAGUAUUGUUUUUAUUUUUUGGAAGUUUUUUUUUUUUUUUGGUCUGAAUCUAUUUUUGACCACUAUUCUGUAUAGCAUUGACUUACUUUGCCUACUUGUUGAGUUAAGCUGCUGCAAUGUCAUGAAAUGAUGUAAACAAGCAUUAUUUCUAGAUCUGAGAGCACCAUAAAUGGUUAAACUUAAACUAUUACUCAACUCCUGACAGCACAGAAACCCAAGACUUAUUGGUUUGUAAAGACAUUGGUGUAUAUAGGAUCUUACUGUAUUUUCAUGUACAUAUUGUAUGUAGCUGACCUAUUUUCGGUCUUGUUAGCAUUUGUUACAUUUCACUCAUGCACUGCUAUAAGAUACCCCAACUAUGUGUUCAUCACUGUAUAGUACAUUACAAUGACUUUUGUUUCAAAAGCAUUGUCAGUCAUUUGUUUUCUUUUUAUUGUAUUAUCUUGUGUUCAAUAAAAAAAAAUUGAUCUUAAUUAAAUUACAUGAUAUGUAUGUUAUUUGUUCAUGUUUCACAAGCUUGUGUAUAUAUGUAUGUAACUCUAGACUGGGCUUAGUUUUUGUGUUUCUGUAAACUAGUUUUUUACUUGUUCGUGUCUCAAGCUUCAUUUUUAUCUUUUUAUUCUUCCCACUCUGUAACUAUUCUUUGUGGCUUGCUAUGUGGCUAGUCACAGCAUGCUUUGGGUGUGGAAAUGUUUUCCUUUUUUUCUGUUUAGAAAGAGCAACAUAUAUGUAUGUGUCAGGUUUUGAAGAGAAGGGAAUUAUUAAUUUAUUUACAACCAAAUACUGCAUUCCUUAUUAAUCUUUGGACUUGAAGACAAGCCUUAAUAUUAAAACCAAAACUUUGCCAGCUUUGAAGAUUUGAGUAACUAAUCACAAAUUAUUUUUCUUUUAAUUCUGGUUUUCAUAAUUUGGGUGGAAAACUUAAGAAAACUCAUUGUCAUUGUUAGUGUUUAUAUGAAUUCAAUAAUUGGACUUGAAACCGUUUUUUUUUUGUCAUGGUAUGUAUAUUUAAAUCCUGUACAUGUUUUGUUAAAAAAAAAACUUAUCCAUUAGAUAUUGGACCAUUGAAGGUGCCACCCCAUAAAAAAAAACCAUUCACAUUUUUAAAAGUGUGGCUUUGGUGGGUUAGCACCUUUAAAAAGUACAUUUUUGUUUGAUUUAUGAAUACCAGCCAUUACUGCCAUUUUUGAUUAUGUACAGAUUGAGAUUUUUAUUCUGACCUGUAUUAAAAAAAUGUGGGUUAUUUUUAAAGUAACAAUUUAGUUUCAAUAAUAACACUGCUAUUUCAAUGUUUUUUUUUAAAUGUAAUUACAUGUAUAUGUACUAUUCUGUUUUAUUUAAAAACAUGCGAAAAUAUGAAUGUUGUGCUAUGUAAAUGUAACAUGGACAUUUAAGAUAUGUAAUGUUUUUAAUCCCUUUCAUAAUUUGACUGAAAAGUUGCUAGAUCAACACAAUACUAGCUAAGAUGCAGGUCAGAUUGUGUUUACUCUAUGUGCACCAUCCACUUUUAAGGCUUUGAUUCCAAAGAUGAGUACAGAUCCAGUUGUGACCUGCUCUGUCUGCGCCAUGCACUUUAAUACAAUUAUAUUCCUCUACAUACAAUUAUUUCAGUAAUCUAAUUAAAUUUAUUUUAUUAUUACUAAUUAAUUUACUAUCUGAAAUGCUGCAUGGUCUUGCAAUUAUGCCCCCUGCUCUAACAGAUAACUUUAUUAAGUCGGAACCAGUGAGACUGGAAAUUUGAAAUUAAAAUGCACUAAGGAAACAUACAUCUUACAACUAAAAAUGCAUAUAUUUAUCCAUCUGUUUAAUAAUUUUUUUUUAGACCUGCUUGUAAAAGAAAGAAUUCUAGUGGUAAGGGGGCAUGCAUUGAACAUUCUUCAGCUUGCAUCAUUAGUUAAAAAUGGGUGUAAAAAUUUAUUCAUUGCUAUUAUUUCUAUUGGCUUUUGUGAUCAAUUUUGUGACAAAUAAAAUUUUAUGGUCGUUGCA